ACAACAACAAUUCAUGUAAAAAUAAAUGAAUCAAAAUAUUGGAAAAGUUGUAAAAUAAUGACUAAUUUAAGGUGCAUAGCAUGUAAUAAUACAAAAACGAACACUGUAGAAGCAUCCCUUGAAGGUGAUGCAUUAGAUAUGUUCAACUUUGUAUGUUGUUUAGAGAUAUCUCAGGCUGACGAGACACAAGGUAUAUGUAUAUCAUGUCACGACGAGCUUCGAGUUUCGUUUAAUUUUAAGAAACGAUGCUUGGAAAUAUUUGCAAAUGUUUAUGAUCAUCACGUCAAUGAGAAUCACAAUGACGACGACUUCGCAUGUCUUGAUACAUUGCUGGAUCAAUCACUUCAUGAAGACGAUUCCUUAAAUCUUAAUGACUUGCUCAUACCAGAAGUUUGUUUGGGUAAUGUGUCACUCAGUGUGUUGGAUGUUAGUGAUAAUACAAAAUGCAGAUAUUGUUUUGAAGAAUUUCCAACUAAAGAAACUUGCUUAGAACACAUGGAAAUCCAUAAAGGAGAUGAUAAGCCCUACAAAUGUCCACAAGAAGGUUGUGUCAGCAGUUUUAAAGCCAGGAAAAACCUUAAAGACCAUUAUCUAGUUCACAGUAAUGAGCGCCCUUUUCCUUGUCACUUUUGUGAACAAACCUUCAAAUCAAGCAGCAAUCGGUCGAAACAUGAACGUCGCAUUCACUCAUUAGAGCGGAAUGCAAUGAAGUCUUUAAAUGCUGAGAAGCAGCUCAAUAAAACUGACGAAAAGUUAAAAACAAACUUGCCUUUACCUGCCCCUGUUGUCGUAGCUGUGAAAGAAGAGAUGCCAGCAACCGUAACAGUAAUUAACUCCAUUUUGUUAGGUGGAGAUGGUGACGAACGUAUCUUUAAAUGCCUACAAGAUGGAUGUAGUAGCCGUUUUAAAUCAAGAAGUAGCUUAAGAGAUCAUCAAAAAGUACAUUCUGAUGAGCGACCAUACCCAUGCGCAUUUUGUUCAAGCGCUUUCAAGUCAAGCAGUAAUCGAAGUAAACAUGAACGUGGUUCACAUCUCAAGGAAUACCAAAAACGAAAACUGGAACGUGAAAAUAUGAGAAAUGGUGAAUUCAAUAGUGAAUCGUCGCCUCCAAAGAAACUGAAGUUUAUGCCGUUACAACAAGCAUCAAAAGUCAUUAUUAAAACUGAAGCUACAGCUGCACCUAAGAAACCAUCUGUUAAAGGCUUUCCAUGCAGAUAUUGUGAAAAAGUCUUGACAAGAGCUGAUAACAGGGACAAACACGAGGCAACUCACAAAGAUUAUCUUGCGUUUGAUUGCGGAUUCUGUACGAUGAACUUCAAAACACCUGAAGCACUAAAGGAACAUACAAAAAUUCAUACUGAUCGAAAAGAACGCAGAUCGGCAAGUCUUCAACAACACAUAAAAAUUGAAACUGUUCAACCAGAACCUGAAUAUAUUUGUGACGAAGAUGAUUGUGGACGAACUUACACAUCACCAAAGGCUUUGAAGAAUCACAAGAAAACAAAACAUAACGAUGAUGAGAACGACGAAAUAUCUUGUGAUAUCUGUUCGCAUUCUUUCAGGAAAGCGAAUACAGCUGAACAUUUGAAAAUUCACAUUUAAUGCACUUAAACACGCAUGGUAACCUUUUUCUUUUGAUACAAACAAUUAUAUAAAUGUUUAGAUUUAAACGAUUUCAUAAUAAAUGAAAAGUCUUAUCACCCGAAGAAGAAUUGAGGAAAUAUUUGUUGUAACUUUUAAAUGCUAACUUUUUAUUAUCAUGUCGUUUAUCUUAUAUUCAAGGUGAUUAAUUUUAUGCUUGAAUUGCUGGCAUUACUUCAAGACCUACAAGUUCUUUAGCUAUUCUUACUCCAAGAAUAAAAGCACCGACUGAUUUCACGAGUGACCAUUGAAAUUCAUCAUGAUAAAUGUUUUUGAAGACACUUAACCAGCUUCCUUUCUUUUGUUGCAUUUUUAAUCAAUUUAAUUUAUUUAUAGGUAU